AUGGCCUCGCCAGAACUCUCAUCACGUCCUCUCUCUCUUCUCGCUCUACCCCCGGAGAUCCAUGCCGCUAUUCUCCCUCACUUGCAAUUCCUCGACCUCCAUACUCUGCGGCUGGUCAACCACUACUUCCACGCUCUGGUCCUUCCGCCUUCACACACCGAGCUUCUAUCAGCAGAGAAGACGCCAAAAUUCGACUUCCUUGCCUGCAAGAAGGCACCGGGCGGGGCUCAAGCGCAUAACCGGUUCUGCAUAGAAUGUGGGCGCCGACCGCUACCAGGCGUGCAUCGAUAUAUGUUGGGCGCGCGGUGGGAGGAGCAUGGCGUACCCUAUGCACGAUGCAAAAGGUGUAAGAUGAUUGCCAAAGGGCCAGAGGAUCAAGCAGUGCCGUUAUGCUUCUCAUGCCAUACACAAGAUUUGGAGAAGGCAAGAGCGGUAGAGGAACUAAAGAGGGUGCAGGCUGAGGCGAGGGAGCGGGAGAAGAGGAGGUCGCUGCGUGCGGAGCGAAGACGAAUUUGGAUUGAGCGCGGCUUUGCGCCGGAGUGA